UAAUAACUUUUCAUGAUAAAAUUAAUUUAUCAAGGGUAAAAAUUGGAUCUUAUGAGCCCUCACUACAGGGUUGUGGUCACUAUAAAUUUCACGUAAAAGUUGAAAUUUUUUCCAACUUGUUGUUAGGAAUGAGAUUGUGUUAUAAAUGAACAGUUGAUGGAAAUUGUUAGUAAAAUUCCAGUCCCUGACUUAAUUAAGUUAGAGUCCUCGCUAUGCUUCGGACUAACGCCGUUUGAGGUGCUUAGAAGGCCCAGAACUAUUGAUUUUGAGAGUUUUGAGCACUUUGAAACGACUUUAAAUAACUCUGGGCUUCGAGAGGAGCUCACCUGCGCAAUUUGCUCCGGGAUCAUCUCGAAAUGCGUCGUCAUCAAAACUUGCCUUCACAGAUUCUGCUCAAAUUGUAUAGAAAAAUGCGUCCGAGUCGGCACGAGAGGAUGCCCGAAAUGUAGGAAACACGUGCCAUCUCGAAGAUUCUUCAGGACCGAUCCCAUCUACGACUCACUAAUCUCAAGAAUCAUCACCAACGUCGAGGUGUUUGAGGAGUUGAGUGAUACCUUUACAAUGGCUAUAAAUAAAGGGAUGAAAAAUGAUCCCACAAUUAAUACAAUUCGGUCAAAAUACCUCAACGAGAAUCCCACCAUUCGCAUCGAUCACCUCAAACAAGUUGGAGAAUUGCAUGAGGGAGAUUUUUCGUUGGAGAGUAAGUUUGAUAAUAAGGUUUACGUGCGGGAGGUAAAAGAGAAACGCCGUGAAGUGUUAAAAUUAAUGCCCAAAUCGCCACAUUAUACCAAAUUACCCUUCAAAAUCAUCUCCGAUGAUACACUACCGCAAAUCAUACCAAACCUCAUGAGAUGUGACGGUAGUGUAACGAUAUAUCAAUUAUACUUUUACGUUAAAUCGGCGUUGAAGCUGAGUCGGAAUUCAAAAAUGUGUAUAUACUUGAAGGACCACGAUUUCAUACCCUCACUCAAUGUCACACUGGCACUCUUAAGAAAUAUCACGUAUACGAUGUCGCAUGAGAUACUUAAUAUAUAUUACGGAUCAUGUCACUUGAAAUUAUAAAGUGUAAAUGUUAUCUUGUAUAUUU